ACUCACGAUCGAACAGUAAUACGGAGUGAACAGAGGAGGUCGAUAUGGGGUUAGUGAAAGGCGUGCGAACUCCCUACAGCAUCGCCCGAGCGUGCCGUCAUCUUCUAGGCCAAGUUCGUCGAUUCGUCGAUUCGCGCCAACUACGGACGAAGAAGUUGUAAUCUCACAUUAAGCGUCUGCUGUUGUCGUAAACUUAUCGUGAAAACUGCGCGCUUCGCUCAAUCUCCGCGCGAUUCAACUAUUGGCGGGUCUGCGACAAGCACAGUGAGGUACCUACGAAGAGCACCUGGACACCGUUUCAUCUGAAGCAGCACUAGACGCCCAAUCGCAUACAUUGUCACAAUUGAAGACGCGAUAAUCCACAGCGCAGCGCAGCGCAGCGACACACUUAACGCCAUGAACCCCUCACCGAACGGCUUCUACGGCAGCGGGCAGCCCAUGAUGAACCCCCCUCCUCCUCCGCGCAUAUUCGAAAGCGGCAACUUCGACCCCUCGCAAAUGCCCGGCGGCCCGAUGUUCGCGCAUACCGAUAUGGAUGAUCAGGAUGAUCAAGGAGACCCCAAGAGACGGCGCAUUGCAAGGGCGUGCGACAUGUGCCGGAAGAAGAAGAUCAAAUGCGACGGCAAAAUGCCCGCAUGCACACACUGUAUAAACUACAAGACAGAAUGCAUAUUCACCCAGGUGGAGAAAAAGAGACAGGCGCCAAAAGGUGCCAAGUACAUCGAAGGCCUCGAGAACCGCCUCGCGCGCAUGGAGUCAUUGAUGCGCUUGUCUGGCGUUCUCCCUGAAGACGACGACGGCAGUACCGACCUGGCGACAAUAGAGAGGCGACUGGCAGACAGAGUAGGCGGGUCGGUGACACCCAGGACGGGCGGGUCAAGGAGAGAAUCGCUCGCGCCUCCAACAGGGCUGUCCACACAAAACGGCACUCCAGUACCACAAACUGUGCUGAGUCCACAAAGUGACUCGACGUCACCAGAGCCCCCGAAAGAAACAACCAGAGAAGAUGCACAGGAAGAUGCCCUUGCCGAGAUGAUGUGCUCGCUCGUCACCAACAAUUGUGGAGAGACGAGAUAUAUAGGAUCCUCGUCAGGCUUCUCUAUAUUCUCCCCCAAGGGCAUCCAGUGGGUGAAUGAGAAGACAGGCGAUAAUUCCUUCCGAGAAAUGAUAUCCACAGCUGCCGUCGAGGACAAUAAAUGGAUACAAUGGCGGCCAGACGUGUUUCAGGACAUUUUCAAGCGACGCGUGUACAAACAGAUGCCACCCAAACACGAAGCGCUAUCAUUGUUGAAAGACUAUUUCGAAAAUUUCAACUGCAUGUUUCCGCUAUUCCACGAACCAACCUUCAUGCACCUCGUCGACAAGCACUACUCGAACGAUCCCUAUGAAGGAUCGGGUUGGUGGGCCAGCUUGAAUGUGGCAUUGGCUUUCGCUCAUCGAUUGCGCGUGAUGAGCAACCUCGUGCCAGCAGAAGAGGACGAAAAAGCAUGGCAGUACUUGAAAAAUGCCAUGAGCGUCAUGGUUGAGCUCACGAUGCGCAACACCGACUUACUUAGUGUCCAAGCCCUUUUAGGAAUUGGACUGUUUUUACUUGGAACGCCAAAUCCGCAACCCACUUACUUCUUCAUCGCGACUGCUAUGAGACUUGCGCACAGCAUUGGACUCCAUAAGAAAGGCUCGAAUUUCAACCUCAACGCUGCCGAGGUUGAACAACGGAAGCGCGUGUUCUGGAUUGCAUAUAUGCUUGACAAAGAUAUUUGUCUACGUUCUGGUCGCCCACCGAUACAGGACGACGAUGACAUGAAUGUCGAGCUACCCAGCGAACAUCCACCGGACAAUAUCGGUAACAUCCCACUUGCCGACGGCAAAGGGAUGAUGAACCUCUUCCGUCUCAUGUGUACAUUCUCUAUCAUCCAGAGCAAGGUUUAUAAAGGGUUAUACUCGGUCAAAGCAUCCAAACAAACAGAUGGCGAGCUUCUCAAUACUAUUGGUGAACUGGACAAAGAGCUGGAAAACUGGAAGGAUGAAAUACCCCUUGAAUUCCGCCCAGAACACGACAUCAAAGCUUCGCAUACUCCUCUUAUUUUACAGGUGGCCGUCUUGCAUCUUGGCUACUACAACUGUCUGACAACAAUACAUCGUAUGAGCGUGCAUCACGGAUACUGGACAAGUCGUCUAUCAAACUUCGCCAUCCAGGGCCUCAACGCUCGACCACUCAAUCCGAGAGUUUUCAUGUCUGCACAGCUGUGCGUGCAGGCCGCCCGCGCAUCGAUACAUCUGCUGAAGUACAUUCCAAAAGGCGACCUGUCUUGCGUAUGGUUGAUUAUAUACUUCCCGGUCACGGCGCUCGUUACACUCUUCGCAAACAUUCUACAAAAUCCGCAAGACACACGAUCGCGAUCAGAUCUGAAACUGAUGAAGUUGGUCGUCAAUUUCCUGAAUAUGCUCAAUGAUGAUCAGGGCAGUGGUAGCGUCAGACGGAUGUGCAGUGUGUGCGCUGAGUUCGAGCGCAUCGCUGCUAUCGUACUGGAAAAGGCGGAUAGAGAGCAUGCAUCGCGGCGGAAGAGAAAGCAGGGCGAUAGUGAGCAAGAUGCGCAGAUCGAGGCGACCGCAGCCGAGCUUCUGUCAACAAAUCGUAACGCGCACUCGUCACCUCAGGCUGCCACAACACCUCAAAACAACAACACCUCAGAAGGCAUGAUCUUCAACCCGGAUUUUCAUGGCUUCAACGAACCAUUCCCCUUCUCCCCAAACUUCACACAUGCCUCGCUCCAAGCAAACUCGCAAAUGGGCCAGUUCGGCUCGCCUUCCAUAACGGCGCAAAUGCUCCAGCAGCACGGCCUUCCCAUGACCACGGGCGCAGAUAUCAACGGUAACAUCAACGACAUGAAUGCAAUGGCCAUGGGCCAGUUCGACCAAACAUACAACAACGUCCCGCAGGACCUGUGGAAGAUGCCGAUGACGCUCGAAUGGGACUGGGCUGAUAUGACUGGAUACUCCGGGUACGAAGACGGUAUUAGUAUGAACGGCGUGAUGCCAGACUUCUCGCAAACGGGACAUGGCACGAGCGAGUUUAAUCAGAACGCUAUGAAUGGUGGGCGUUGACGAGGUUGAUAUCUUCAAGGGUGUGUUUAGAUUAUGCGGCCAAGGAACUCGACACAAUGUUUAAUUGCCAAUGUUUGAAGCCGGGUCAGCCUGUUCGCCGAUGAAGAUAAGGGAUUUGUAUGCAUGUUUACGAUGUCACGAAUUAGCGCUAUUUGAUUAGAAUGUCUAAUACUUUCUUCCAUCUCU